UUUCCCUUCUCCCCUCCCCCGUUUAUUAUCUUUUGCGCUUCAGUGAAUCUAUUCCUUAGCCCGACCUCCAACCCCCCCACCACCGUUGUUCCUAAAAUCUUUACCUUUCAGCCGGGUGAGCAGUUUGCUGUCGGAGUGAGUGGUCAGCUGGCCUCUGUUGCCGGUGCAAACAACCCGUUUAUCUGCUUUGUCUUGUAUGAGAAUACCAAACAUCAUCUAAUUAUAAGAAAUUAGCUUAACCAUGGCAACGGAAAAUCCAGGUCCUCCUAAUCCAAACUGCAAGAUCAUGACGUUCCGUCCAACGCUGGAAGAGUUCAAAGAUUUCGGGAAAUAUAUUGUGUACAUUGAAUCCCAGGGAGCCCAUAGAGCAGGACUGGCGAAGGUUAUUCCCCCCAAGGAGUGGAAACCAAGAAAGUCCUAUGACGAUAUUGAUGAUAUGACCAUCCCAGCUCCAAUUCAACAGGUAGUGACUGGCCAAUCUGGGCUUUUCACACAAUACAACAUUCAGAAGAAAUCCAUGACUGUUGGAGAGUACAGGAAGCUGGCCAACAGUGAAAAAUACUGUACGCCACGGCAUAUGGAUUUUGAUGACCUCGAGCGCAAAUACUGGAAGAAUCUGACGUUUGUCUCUCCCAUCUAUGGAGCUGAUAUCAGUGGUUCACUGUAUGAUAAUAAUAUUGAAGAGUGGAACAUUGGAAACCUCAAUACAUUACUGGAUAUGGUGGAACAGGAGUGUGGAAUUGUGAUUGAAGGUGUGAAUACUCCAUACUUAUACUUUGGGAUGUGGAAAACCACAUUUGCCUGGCACACUGAAGAUAUGGACCUCUACAGCAUCAACUACUUGCACUUUGGGGAGCCCAAAUCCUGGUAUGCAAUACCUCCAGAGCAUGGCAAGAGGCUGGAGCGACUGGCAAAAGGCUUCUUCCCAGGCAGUUCUCAAGGAUGUGAUGCAUUUCUUCGGCACAAAAUGACUCUUAUAUCGCCUUCCAUACUGAAGAAGUACAGCAUUCCCUUUGAUAGGAUUACGCAGGAGGCGGGAGAGUUCAUGAUCACCUUUCCUUAUGGCUAUCAUGCUGGUUUCAACCAUGGAUUCAAUUGUGCAGAAUCUACUAACUUUGCCACGCUUCGCUGGAUUGAUUAUGGCAAAAUGGCUACCCAGUGUACUUGUAGGAAGGAUAUGGUGAAGAUAUCAAUGGAUGUGUUUGUGCAGUUCCUUCAGCCUGAUCGCUAUGAGCUAUGGAAAAACGGCAAAGACAUUGUCACUAUUGAUCACAACAAGCCAACCGCUCUAUCAAGUCCUGAGAUGGAGGACUGGCUGGAACGGAAAGCGUCAUUAAAGGCAAAAAGUAUUAGGAGAUCCCAUCGGCGAAGAACGCAGACCAGGAGACAGAAAACUGAAGACCAAAGAAUACUGAGUGAACCAGCAGCUGAAGAAACUUCUGGAAAAGAUGUUACAGAAGAUGACACCAAAAUCAAGGAUGAACACAAAAGAACAAUGGACGCAGAAGAACACAGCAAACCCAGCAAGGUUACAAUCUUGGAGCUAGACCAAGGUGACUUCACAGAUGAUUUAUUUAAUCACCAUUUUUCAGCUAAUGGCAAGCCACUGAAAACAUAUUCACGUUCCUCAAAAUCCAAAAAUGAAAAGAAAAAGAAACGUGUGGAAACAGACACCGUAGCAGCUAUCUCAGCUGAUGGCAUUGAACCUACUGAACCAUCCAAAGCAGAAUUAUCCCAGGCAGAUUCUCCAUCUGCAUCAGCAAGUAUGCUUUCAGAUAGUUUUACUGCUGAAGAUGAAUUUAAACCCAGAGCUAAAGCAACCAUGAUGUACGUGCUACCUAAAUCAAAGAAGGUGGUGUUCGACAAGGAGCACAUGUCCUGUCAGCAGGCUUUUGAGCAGUUUGCCACCAGGAACAAACUACCAAUGUGGAAAGAAGCAGAGAUGAGCAAUGAUGGAAUAACAAUGGAGGAGGAGGCGAGUGACCAUGAAAGCGUGGAUGUCAGUUUUGAAACUACUGAAGUGCAGGUGCCACCAGAUUAUCCAAAGUUGAAGAAGGAGAUCACAAAGAGUCGGCGCCAUCCCUUCAGCAAGCCCCCAGCUAGAUCUCCAUUGUCUGUUGUCAAACUGGAAGCAUCCAGCGAUGAAGAAAUACCCUUUUUCUCCGGUGAAGAAGAUCAGAGUGAACCAGAGGCCUGGAAGUCACCACUCACCCACCUGUGGCAAAGUCGAUCAUACAAUUUUUUAGCCGAAAGGAAAUUUAAUGCAUCUGCUGCAUUAACUGAGCCCUACUGUGCAAUCUGUACACUCUUUUAUCCCUACUACCAGCCUGAAAGAGAUACUGUACAGGACACUUUCACAGCUGAUGGAAAUCCCUGGAAAAUGACUGCCAAGGUGGGGCAAAAGACAAAGCCAAUCAUCCCAGAAAUGUGUUUCACAUCAGGUGGAGAAAACACAGAGCCUUUACCAACAAAUUCAUACAUUGGCGAUGAUGGGACCAGCUUGCUCAUUUCCUGUUCGAAAUGCUGUCUUCAGGUGCAUGCUAGUUGUUAUGGCAUUCGACCAGAUUUGGUCAAACAUGGUUGGACUUGCUCACGAUGUACAGCCAAUGCCUGGACAGCGGAUUGCUGUUUGUGCAAUUUGAGAGGUGGGGCACUGAAAAGCACCACAGAUAAAAGGUGGGUCCAUGUGAUCUGCGCAAUAGCAGUCCCUGAGGUGAAGUUUUUGAACGUGUUGGAACGGAAUCCAGUUGAUGUCUCUGGGAUUCCAGAGCAGAGACAGAAGUUGAAAUGUGUGUACUGCAGAAAAAAAGUGAGGAGCUACUCAGGGGCCUGUAUCCAGUGUUCAUAUGAACAUUGUUCUACAUCAUUUCAUGUGACAUGUGCUCAUGCUGCAGGGGUUGUAAUGGAACCAGAUGACUGGCCGUAUGUUGUGUCUAUCAUCUGCUUCAAGCACAAAACAACCAAUCAGAAUCAAAACCAAGAUCAUUGGCUCAUCUCAAUCGGUCAGAUGGUCAUCGCAAAAAAUCGAAAUGGACUUUACUACAAAUGCAAAGUGAUUGGGACUUCUGCACAGACCUUUUAUGAAAUCAAUUUUGAAGAUGGAUCUUACAGUGACAAUGUGUACCCAGAAAAUGUUGUUAGCAGGGACUGUGUACAACAUGGUUCACCCGCUGAGGGUGAGGUCAUCCAGGUGCGAUGGACUGACAGUCUGGUGUACAGUGCGAAGUUUGUUGGUUCCCAGGUCAGAUACAACUAUCAGGUGGAGUUUGAAGGAGGCUCUCAGCUGACCUUGAAAAGAGAAGACCUUUACACACUGGAUGAGGAGCUACCCAAGCGUGUGAAAGCACGGCUGUCACCACUGAUGGGCUCCCAGCAUGAAGAUUACAUCUCAGGCGAGGAAGCUAAGGAUGCGAAGAAGGUUCAGCCAUCUAACUCCAGGUUGUUAGAAGACUACAGCCAGAAAGAUUACACUCAGAAUCCUGAAUACCUUACAUUUAUGGAAAACCUCUUUCAUUCACCUUACCAGCAGGGAUUUAUUAAUUAGGAAGAUACAACUGUACACUUGGGCUUUUUUUGUUUGUUUGGGUUUUUCAAUGGAAAAAAAUGCUUUUGUGCUUAGUAAACUGAUUCAAUUUUAAAAUUGCUAUUGAAAGACUCUGCAGUAAAUACCUGUGAGCCAUCUUCUGCGAAGGUGCUAACCAUAUUCAGAAUGGAACUACUGAAUCUGCCUUGAAGUUUCAACCAUGUCUCUUGUAUAUAGGAAAAAAAAGAGUCUUGUAUGAGGUCUUUUUUUUUGAAAAUCUUGGGUUUAAGAAAAGGAGAGAACAAAGUUCAACACUUUUCUAGCUUUUGUGUGCAUUUUCCUGGCAUAUUUGAACCAAAGCAAUAUUUUCAAUUGAUAUGGGGUGUGGUCAUAUCAAUAUGAAGGAAACCCAUUGUUACUACUUUGACUUGUCUGCAGCAAGGCAAUUCUUCCAAUUAUCUUCAGGGAUAGUACUUUUUGUUAUUGUUGGGAGGCUUUGGUGGAUUUUGAAGAAGUUUAUUACACAAUUGUAAGGACCACACUCCUAAACUGGUUUAAAUUUUUCUCUGAAGGCAAAAUAUAAAUCCCCUUUCUUAAAACCUCAGAUGUGAUGUAUUGAAUCCCAGCUCAAAACUGGGAUGCAAUUCUGGCUGUUCCAGUAUUGUCAAUAUACAGCUGCUGUGUUGACUUGUCGCUCUGUGGAUUUUAUAGUGUGUAUGCCUUUCAGGUGGCCAAGCACAGAAGACAGCUUUAUUUUUGCCCAAAAUUGUUUUAAACUUUAAUUUUUUUGUUCGCUUUUGAUUUGUGCGGUGAAUCCUGAUAUAAAAUGAGAUUUAAAGGUAGUAGUUGUGCAGGGAGCUGAUGAACUCAAAAAGGAAUUAGUUACACCUAAAAUUCUAUGGAAUCUGUUGGCCCCAAAACUAGCUGUCAUGAUAUCUCUCCUGUUGGCUUCUGAGUUUGGGAGUGGGGAGGAGGUCCAUACUUUCUUAUGUUGUCUUAGUUUUAUUUUUAACACUUGGACAUUUGUGUUAUUUAAGGCCCAGUCCACAAUUCAGUUGCAAUAAAAUAACUAAUAACUUGAAUUCAUUUGCAUUGUAAAGUAUUGCCACAACGUCUGAUCAGUGCAAGGGCAGCCUCUGUGUCAUUACUUGGAUUUAUCCCUUAAUGUAGUUUGAGUUAUGAGAGUCUCAAAACAAAACAUUUGUUUUGCUAAUCAUUAACCAAAAUAAAGCAAGUUUUUCACAGUUCAAAACCUUCAAGCCACUUUCUGUAAACCAUUGAUUUAAUUGAUAACCUCAAAAAGACACUAGUUUAUUAUAAAUUAAUGUGCUUAUUUGUAUAUAUUCUAAAGUUAUCUUUGUAUAGUUUUCUUUCUUGCUCAAUUUGAAUUGUUUCAUCUCAAUAAGCACGAAGCAUGAUGAAACUACAGAGCUAUUAUUGGUACCUCCUCAUGGCCGAAGUGCUCAACUGUAUGGCUGCCAUAAGAAAUUGGAAACUGGCUGAAGUUGAGCUAUCUCUGUUUCAUUCAUUUGUGAGUUUACUCCAACCUUUGCUGUGCCAUCAAAUAGAGGAGAGUGUCAGUAGAGAGUCCGGACCUUUGUAUCUGAAUUAGAAAGAAAGUCCAAAACCACGAGAAGAACAAAAUGUUUCAGUAAUUUUUCUUUUCUUUGUCAUGUAGCAACAAGUGUUUGUAUGACCGUAAUCAGCAUGUGUAGAUGUUAAAGAUUAGACCUGAUUAGAAUGCUGUGUGGAAUCAAUUCAUCAGGUCACAGAAUUAAGUCUUUAAUUUUUGUUUAGAGGGAUUGGACCCCUCAGAGUAUUUGUGAGAGUGGGAAGGGAACAAGGGGCCUAGGGUGUAGGUGGGUGGGUUGAAAGGAGUUACUUCCAUGACAGUUUAAAAUCUAUUGAGAAGUUUUGGUUUGAGUAAAACUAGAAAUUAAACUGUAGAAGAUCAUUGCCAUCACCAUCGAUAAAUCAUGUACAAAAACAAAAUGCAUUACACCACUGUAUUAAAUACUUUAAAUUAUUUCUGCUCUGUAAAAUAUCAGAAUACAUAAAAAAACACUCACUCUUCAAAUGUCCACUUUCAGCAUUAACUAUUAGAAAUAAGAUGUCCAGUUUAGAAGUGUGGUAGCUAUGUGUUGACUGCAGUAGUAAAUAUGUAGUUUUUAAAGAUAGGUGUGUAGUGGAGGCUAAGUCUUGUAAUUGUAAGUGACUAAACUGCAAACAGUUCUGUUGAAAUGCUCACAGCAGAAUGUGACAACAUUUUUUCAGCGUUACAGGCCAUGACUUUUACAUUUUUUAAAAAAGAAAAACCUGACUAAGUUUCACCUUGAGGGAAGAAUGUUCAAAGUUGUGCUUCAUUUGACUCCAGCAAAGAAGAUUCAAAAUCAUAAAACUGCUGUAAACCUUAAUUAUUUGUUGACUUUGCAAACUAAUGAGAUGCAACUAAUGAAAUACUGGAUAUCAAAAUACGGGGUACCUUAACCACCUCAGCUUAGUGAUGUUGGGUCCCAUUCAAAUAUUGGAAUAAAUUACCAGUCCAUAUUCUUUCAGUGCGGUUUUGUUUGUUUUAAUACAGUGAUAAGAUAAAUGUUCAGUAUUGCAGGCUUUGUAAAGAUCAAUGCUUGAAAUGCUGUCACUUUGUUUAUAAAAGGCAUAAGACUUUGCAGGUUUGGGGGACUAGCUGCUUUUCAACUAUCGUGAAGAAGUGGAAAUAGAGUAUUUUAAGAAAGCCAUAGAAUGCCAAUAAAAACCAAGGCAAAGGGAUAUCUAAUGGAGGUAUCACCUAUUGUGAAAGAGUUUAAUGGUUGCAUGUGUGGUGUGUAUCUAACUUUUGGUGUUUCCCUGUAUAUAAGACCUUUGCUGUGAAUUGUAGAGGAAGCUCCCCUCGCUCUCACUGAAAUUGAGAUUGGGCAACAGUCCGGGAUAACUUUUUUUUUGCAAAUAUUCAUUGUAGUUGGCCCAAUACAUUCAGCUGGUUUGCUAAUCCCCAAUUGGAUUUCUCAGGCAACCUAAGCCAAGGAUCUGUCAGACUUUAUAAUCUUUAAAUAAGUCUUGCCCUGCUUUGUGGCCAUUCUAGUACUGUCCAGUCUGAAGAAUUGGACUGUCAUCAAUUUCAGGAAACCGUCAAUAGAGUUCGGAGACCUGAGAUCUUAAGGUGCUUAUUCAGGGACAUGGUAAUGUGCUGUUUUUAUGGUAUUGUUUGAGAUGAUUUGGGUGAACAGAGCCCUUGUUCUGGGAUCUUCAGAACAUUAACCUGCCUAGCUGAAGCUCAGAGCAAUAGACCCACGAUGAUCGGUAAUAGAUUCCCCAGUGCUCUGCUUGAGUACGUUUUGGGGUGAAUGGCCUCAUGAAUGGAAAUAAAUCCCAGUUACAUUAUCUUAUCAGUGGCCAAUGAUAGAUCAGGUGUACCUUGCCAGUACUGAACCUCAAUUGUUACAAGAUAAUGAAAAGUUUGAAAAAGAAAAUACUGGAAAUACUCAACAAGUCAGCUUGUAUCUGAGGGAGAUGGACAGUUUACAUUUUGAGUCAAUGCUGAAGCUUUGACAGAACAGUGCUGAUCAUAGACUUGAAAUAUUAGCUCUGUUACUCCUUCCACAGAUUCCCAAGCUGUUGAGUAUCUCCAUCCUUUUCUGGUUUAUUUCGGACUUGGAAUAUCUACAACAUUUUGCUUUUGUGCAGGCAGUUUGAAGCUUUGUCACUGGAGCCAGGGAAAGUGGAAUCUCUACUGUCCGUGGUAGUGUUGUCUGUGAUUCUGACAACAAUUUUGGUUUAUUCCCCCCACCCCAAAUCCUUUUUUCCUUGAUAUUUAUAUUACAUCAUUGGAUUUAAUCAUUAAAGUGUAAUGUUUCUGGGUAUUGUACAGUUAAAAUGUAUCUGAUUUUAAAGAUUUGCUGGCAUUACCUGCUGAUUUAUUAUGACUGGGUUGCAGCAAAGGAAGGGGAGGAACUGAUUUGCUUCGUUCACUGUUUGAAAAUACUGUACAUUUUUUAAUAAAUUUGUAACUGUAUGAUUUAAUGGAAUUAGAUUUGUUAGUUUUCAAUGUUCUUGUGCUUAUGCUUUCCUAUUGGUUUGCCCUGGGUUGAUGAAAUAAAAGUGAAA